AUGGUCCCAUCAGGCUUCGCGAAUCCAGACCAACGCGUAGCUCCUGGCAACACCGCCAGCAACAACAAGGUUGCUAUCCCACGACUGGCGGCGCCAACAACUUUCAGGGGCAAACGACGCUCGGCUCGGGCAUGCGAGCCCUGUCGACAGCGUAAAAUCAAAUGCGAUGGCGUGCGACCAACGUGUGGCCAGUGCGCCUAUCAUCAUAGCCGCUGCCUUUACGAGGAUGUCAAACGCGUGCGCGACCAGAAGAUGCUCGAAUUGCUCACCAAGCGAACUGAACGGUAUGAAUCGUUGCUUCGCGAUCUGGAGGGCGAGGUCGAUGCACCGACAGUGCGGAGGAUCAGGAGAGCGCUGAAGGUCAAGAAUAAGAAACCCUCGACUGGCAAUGACGAUCCCGAUAAUUCGAACUCGGAUUCCUCGGUCGGAUCGCUGGAAGCGGUGGAUUUGGUCGAGGAGGAUAUAAAUCGCAGCGAAAGCACCCGUGCUGCGGGCUUCUUCGGCAAGAACUCCGAGGUCUCAUGGAUGCAGCGCUUAGAAGAUGGCAUCGAGCAAAAGACUUCUUGGCCUGGGACCCGGCUUCAGUCAACAUCUGGUUCAUCGGCGGCUGUCUCCCAGUCGCAGAGUCCACUCGCCCUGCCGGCUGUGCUUCCUACUCUGGAAAGGCUGGAUCGGGACAUUCCUAUUGCAAUGAUGAAUUAUCACCUUGAUGAUUUGGAUAUCCCCGUUGUCAGUCAUGAUUCCGAUCCGUUGAUCGUGCCUCCGCGUGAGACUGCGGACAAGUACUUGGAUGCGUUUAUGACCUAUGUCCAUCCGACGUUUAGUGUCUUGCGUAAGUCGACGUUCACGUCGCAGUAUCGGCAGUUUUUCACUAGACCGACGCAGCCACCCCAGAAAUGGCUUGGGAUUCUGAAUAUGGUUUUUGCCAUUGGUUGUCGAUACUGCAAGCUCAUUGACCCUGGCGCGGGCAGUUCUUGGGAAGAUGGACUUGUGUAUUUGACUCGGGCUCGGCAGUUGGGUCUGCAUGAGAAUGUCCUUUUUGAGCAUACAGAUCUGCAGCAGAUUCAACUGGAGUUCUUGGUGGCAAUAUACUUGCUCUGCUUGGGUCAGGUCAAUAGAGCAUCUAAAUUCUCAAGUAUGGCUCUCCGCUCUGCCUUAUCUCUCGGUAUUAAUCUGCACACCACGGACGGCCGAACGCACGACGCCUCGAAAGAAGCCCGUUGCAGACUCUGGUGGUCCAUCUACUCCCUCGAACAUCUUCUCACAUCCAUGCACGGUCGAGCCUCCUGUAUCAGCGAAGGCAUCUGCUCCGUUACCCCUCCCAUCCCCUUCGAAGAAGAACUCUUCGAACAACCAGAAGUCACCCGCCUCCUGCAAGAUCGUUCAUUCCGUGAAGCCCAGCUUCGAGCAACCAUCUUCGAAACACCAUCCCUACUACAAAGCGGCCCAUCCUGGAUGGCAGAGUGCAAGCCCUCCCCGGCCCUAUUCUUCUACCACCUCACGGACCUCGCUCUAAUUUGUCAGGCUGUCCUGAACAAAGUCUACAGCAUUGAAGGAGUCCGCGAGAGAUCAAGCGUCACAGAGCACCGUCUACAAAAAUACAGUCUGUGCAUGGACCGAUGGCUUGCCAAAGUCCCACCCCCUUAUCAAUUCACCAUCCCCGAUGCCGGACCCUGGCAUUUAAACCACGCCCAGCUGGACGAUGAAGACGCCCCCCACGCGCGUGAACGAGUCUGUCUUGCGAUGAAAUACUACUCCGCACGCGUGAUCCUAUGCAGACCGUGUCUUUCGCAGUCACACUCCCAGCAAUCGUCUAGUACCCAGCCAGCUCAAGACGCAAACGAUCGCGCGAAAUUGAGGACCGAUAUGGCCACUGAUUGUCUGCAGGCUGCGUGCUCGCUAAUCUCUAUUCUCCCCGAGAACCCGGACAUCGCAUGGUUCGUCCGCGUCACGCCUUGGUGGAGCGUGCUGCAUUUUAUCAUGCAAGCGACGACAGCACUGCUACUUUCGUUGUCGUUUGUAUGUUUCCCGGAACAAACCACUUUACCAAACUCAUCCUCGAACUCAACUUCAACACCAAGCUCCAGUUCAAACGCGAAGCCGAGCGCCAAAUCAGCUUCGGCAUCUGUAUCAGCAUCUGACCAUGCGAUGUCUAAUGCGCUCGCCCUCUUAGAUACGGAUAUCGAAAUUGUCAUCGCACAGUCUAAAAAGGCGCUUAUUUCGAUUCAUACCAUGGCGACUGUUGAUCCUGCUGCGCGACGGGCGUUUUUGCUUUGUGAUGGUGUGGUGAGGAAACUUGCGCCAAUGUUGAAGAUUGAUUUGAGGGAUUGGCCGAGUGUGGAAUCUUUGGUUGGUGGUGGGGGUGGACUGAAAGGGCAGGGGAUGGGGAUGGGAAAGGGUCAGUAUGAGAGGGAGGGCGAGAUGGUUGGGGAUCAUGCGAGUCGGAUGGAGGGCCUGGAGGAUUUGGUUGAUUUCGAUGGCGGUGGAGGUUAG